AAAUUCGAAGUCAAAUGACCAAUAAGAAACAAUAUUAUUUUAACGAAAAACACAAUAAAACAAGCAUAUCACAUUCAGUCAGUGAGUUAACCAAACCGUCAACGAUCGUAAGCAACGAAUGUACUCAGCUGUAUUGGUGUGGUGUGUAUUACAUAGAUUAAUUAUGUAGUUCAUCAGUCACUCGGUAUGUGUAACGGUAUAAACAGCAAAGUGUCAGUACGAAUUCCAAGAUUGAUCAAAUUUCGACAAUUUAUCAUUAAAGCUGAUAAAGAUGCGAAGAUAGUGGCAUAUACAUAUGUAUAUGUACGUCAAUAUGUGUACCAGUUGCACAUGACGUAGUCAUAUGAACAUACAUAUGAAUUUAAAUACCUACGGAUAAAUAAAAAAUUUUCAUAAAUCUGAGUACAAAUUUUUCAUAAUCGAAAAUUGUGUUAAGAACAAUCAGUCAGUAGAACUUAAAUCAUUCAUUGUGAUAAAAAACUAAACAGUGCCGUAAAAUGAUCACAAGACUAAUAUCAAAUAUAUUGAAAUGUCUAUGUUUUAAAAUAAGAAGUCGACUACAAAAAUAUUAUGUUGUUCUGUUUAUGCUUUCGGCGUUGCUGGAUUCGACGUUUUCUUCUGAUGAUAUCGCUAGUCAUAUUAGAAAAUGCUGCAUAAGUGGUAUUCAGUAUGCUGCUAAUGAAAAAAACUGCGAACAAUACGAUUACGAAGUGAACGCGAUACCCCCCCUGUGGCGUGGGCUUUGUUAUUCAACAUAUAGUGUUUGUUGUUCAAGGAAAUUGGAAGAGCAGUAUUGUGUGGCGGGACGCUUAGCUGCUUUGCGGGGUACUCGUUGCGAUGAUGAAUAUCAUACUAACGCAUUUGCAAAUUGCUGUCGCGCUUGUCAGGUUGGCUUAGCUGUAAAGGCCAGUAGUAACGAAUGCAACAAUGCGCUUUUCUCAUAUUUUGCAAAAAUCGAUACAUAUCACAUUUGCUGUGAUGGCGGCAAAACUAAUUAUAACUACCCCGGCGCUAUAAUAAUUGAUGAUUAUGUGAGUAACGAAGAAAGCGAUAAAUUGGAAACUAAAGCAAAUUUUUUUAACGGCUCCGAUGAGAAAGAUCUAAUUGUUGAAGAAGAAUUGAUUGGAAAUGUUAAUGAUGGUACAAUCGUGCUGCCAGAAGAUGACGAUGACAUAUGCGGUAAAGUGAAGAAUCUAUGCGCGCAUAUUUGUGAGAAUACAAAGGAGGCGUAUCGUUGCAAAUGCAGGGCUGGCUAUAAGCUGGAUAAGAAUAAUGUGACUUGCUCUCCUAUAAACAAUGAUACAGAUCAAGUACCCAAAAAUGAAGUCAAUGUGGUGGAAGGCAUAAAGGAUGUUAAAGAAGACGAUGUCGGAAAUGGAGAAACACAGUCAAAACAAGGCGUAAUUGGGGAUAACCGGUCAGAAAACAUUAACAAAGUGGAUCCAUUACGUUGCGACAUUGGUUAUGAAUUUAACUAUAACAAAGGAAAAUGUCUGGAUGUUGAUGAAUGUGCUUAUAAAUUACACAAUUGUAAAAACAGUCAGUAUUGCCAUAACACUAUGGGCGGUUUCCAUUGUUUGAGCGUGAAUUCCAAGAAGUGCGACCCACACAAAGAGAAAUGUGAAAAUAUCUGCAGUGCCGGUUUCCAAUAUAAGAAUGAUGGCUGUAUCGAUGUUGAUGAAUGUUUAGUAGAUGAAUAUGCUUGUGAUAGCAGUCAGAUGUGCAGCAAUGACAUUGGUGGUUACCGUUGUGAUUGCAAAAUAGGUUUUAAUCUAGAUGCAACCACGAACGCAUGUGUGGAUAUAAAUGAGUGUUCUAUUAAUAACCAUAACUGCUUACCAACGCAACGAUGUGACAAUACAUACGGAUCAUAUGUCUGCGUUAGACUUCAAAGCUGCGGUACCGGUUAUACACUAAAUGCCGAAACAGGCAACUGCGAUGACGAUGAUGAAUGCACAUUAGGAACGCAUAACUGUCCACUUGAGUAUGAGUGCCAUAAUACGAAAGGUUCCUUCCGUUGCUACCGUCGUACACCAACAACUGUAGCAACCACAACGAUUAAGCCGACUACUACAACUACAACGCCACCACCAGUCAGUGGUUUACCAAAUUAUUACUACCAUAAUCGUACCUCUUAUAAUGAUCCCGGUCAAUAUACUUCUCGUCAAACCCAUAGUUUUAACUAUACACGGGAGGAUGUGUCCCGGUACACUAGCAUUGGUGAAACUGAAAAUACACAACUCCCUCCAUGUAGCAUAGGCUUUCAUCGGAACAAUUUGGGAGCUUGCGUAGAUCUCAAUGAAUGCGUUUUGAUGAGCCCUUGCAGCUCACAUCAACGUUGUUUUAAUACAAAUGGUUCCUACCGCUGUCAAAACUUGCUACAAUGCACGGCGGGCUAUAAAUCCACUUCAGACGGCACGCAAUGUAUAGAUAUUGACGAGUGCGAAACCGGAGAACAUCAGUGUGCUGAGAAUCAGAUUUGUCGAAACCGCAACGGUGGAUAUAUUUGUUCAUGUCCAUCUGGACAUCAGCUUUUACGAGUGCACGACGGCGUAAGCCGUUGCAUAGACAUUAAUGAAUGUGGCCAGGGGCACGUACCCGUUUGUCCCUCGAAUGCCCAAUGUCUGAAUACCAUAGGAUCAUAUUAUUGCGAAUGCAAAUCUGGUUUCCAAAAGAGCAAAGGGAACGAACAUGUUUGUUUGGAUGUGGAUGAGUGUCAGGAAAUACCAGGUCUAUGCCAACAGAAGUGCGUUAAUUAUUGGGGAGGUUACCGUUGUACUUGUAACCAAGGAUUCGAGUUAAGUGCCGACAAUCGCACAUGCAAUGAUGUAGACGAAUGCGAAGUACACAAGGCGUACAAACUCUGUAUGGGCUAUUGCAAUAAUGUUCCCGGAUCGUAUGAGUGUUCAUGUCCACGGGGAUAUACGCUGGCUUUGGACAAAAAUACUUGUCGCGAUAUUGACGAGUGCGCAACUGGAGAAUUUUGCACGGGACGUAACGAUAUUUGCACGAAUAUACAUGGUAGUUACAAAUGUACCACCAUACAUUGCCAGUAUGGAUAUGUCAGUGAUCCGGAUCAGAAAAAUCGUUGUCGCUUGACCAACAAUCUCUGUGAGGGCGACGAAUGCUAUAGCAAACCAUCUGCUUACACUUACAAUUUCAUUACACUUGUCUCUAAACUUGUAAUACCGCCAGAAGGCAGAAUUGUGUUUACGCUUCGUGGACCUAUAUGGUAUGAUGAUAUCGACUUUGAUUUGAAAAUUAUAAAAAUUCAAGCGUCGGCUAAUAUCGAAAAAGCGUCGGAUAAUCAUUUUGAUACCCUUAAGAGUAAACAUGAGGUUCACUUACAACUGAAACGUUCUUUGGAAGGUCCGCAGGAUAUUGAAUUAGAACUCGGUAUGACGGUUUUCACAAAUGGUAUGCCGAGAGGAAAGAGCGUUGCCAAAAUAUUUAUUUUAGUGUCACAGUACACCUUUUAAAAUUAGACCACAAAACAAUAUUCAUAUAAAAUACACGUAUAUUGCGGUUUUUAUGAAUCAAA